AUGCAGGGAGAAGGGGGUUACAUCAGAAAAUACACGAAGAGUCCACGCUCGGCUUGGUUCGGUCGGUUGUUCACGAUGACGGCGACGACGACGACAACGACGAUGACACGACGCGCGAGAACGCGCCGCGCCGAGGCACCGCUUCGACUCUGCUUCGUUUCGCAAGUGUCGACGACGGGACCGACAAAUAGCUGUCCAGAUCCAGCUGGGUACCACGAUGAAGCUGGCCCGAUUCGACGCGAGAGACCAUGGCGUGUAUGCACGAGGCAAGGCGGAUCCGACAGCACAAACCGGCACGAAGGAACGGCUUCGACGGCGCGGAGCGUGAGCGAGAGGGGCCCGACGGGGCCUAAUCUGACCGGAGGGGCUCCUAUGCUCCCUUCGUGCUAA